UCACAGAGGUGAGUAAACAAGAACCAUGUGGAUAUGAGAAACUCAUCGGCCUCUCCGUUUCUCAACUUUUAGGCGUAUUGCCAACGGAGACUGGUGUUGAAUUUUGCUCCGGGCACACUGAGAUGUUGAAAUGAAGAUUGAUGAAAAAGUCCUCACCUAUUUUGAAUCUUGCAACUCACCUGUGGAUAAGGAAGGGUACCUGUACAAGAAGGGUGAGAUCAAGACUUCCUAUCAGAAGCGCUGGUUCGUGCUGAAGGGGAACCUCCUCUUCUACAAAGACCGGCAGACCGACCGGGAUCUGGUCGGAGUGAUUGUUCUGGAGGGCUGCACCGUCCAGCUGUGCGAGUCCGAGGAGAACUUCGCCUUCUCGCUGGUGUGGAGCGAGCCGGGGCUGCGGACGUACAAGUUUGCCGCGGAGAACCAGGCCAGUCAGGAGAGCUGGAUCAAAGCCCUGCUGUCAGCCAGCCACAGCUACCUGGCCCUGCUUGUAGUGGACAUGGAGUCGAAGUACAGAGAUGCACUUGGUGCACUCUCCAAUAAACCAAGCAAACCUUUUGUCAUGCCAAAUUUCAACGCCAUCCAGCCCGCUGCCGUCUUUGUGACCUCAAACACCUGCACCUCAUCUGCGCUGGGAACAACACCCAGCCCGAAUUCCUGUCCAAACCUACAAGCUCUUACCAUUUCUUCCAAGACGGCCAGUAAGAAAUCACCCAAACUGCGACCGAAGAAGAAUGCCAACGCGGUGCCUAUGUUUGAUCCAUUUCAGACGAUUGGGGAGUACGACUUUAACCAGCUGCAUGAAGAUUAUGGAAAGGAAAUAAAGGAACUGAUUGUCAUGUGGUCAAAGAAAGGACACGGCGGUGCGAAUGUUCAGGAAGAAAACUUGAUAGAUUUUGAAUGAUAAAAGUUUGCUUUGUUUCUAACCCUUAACUUAUAGAGAAGCUUUAUCAUACAUACGUGCACUGGAUUAGAAAUGUGUCUGUAAUAUAUAGUUGACAUAGUUAUAUUUGUUUUCUUCCAGAAACAUGCUGUUUCUUUUUUUCUUACAUUUUCAUAGAUUAAUCAAUAAAUGAUCUAUGAUCAUCUGUUUUAUUAACCUUUGUUUGUCACUGCAAUGAUGUUAUUUCCUAAGUUGGCAUUUUUAUAAAGUCACACACCUGAAAUAUGACCUCCAUCUACUCCAGCUAGUCUACUGUCUCUAUACUGGACAUACUAUGGCUAACCAGUUCAGGUGAAAAUCUUCCUCUUAAGACAGGGAUGUCAAGCCUGUGUUACACUGUAGGCCACAUGCACCACAUUUUGUUUUUAAGGAGGCUGGAUCAGUAAAACUGUCCUUUAAUGUUAAACUACACAUUUACUAAAGAAAUGCUGCUGUGGCAAAUGAAAGAAAUGUGUCCGCACGACUCUUUGGGAUUAAACUGUAAGAAAUAAAUGUGUUAAAUUACAGAAAGGAUCCUGGUAGCUUAAAACUAGACUGAAAUUUUCUGUUAAUUUGCAGAAAAUGUAAAUU